UAUCUAUAAAUAAGUAGUUUGUGAAUGUAGAGUUUAUCUUAUCAAUUAUUAGUUUGUAAGUAAAUAUGUAUAAUGACGGGCAGAUACGUCCUUCCCGAUAAUUCUCUGCCGAAAAUGCCCUGUUUCGUCUGCAAAAAACCGCUAUCUUACUUUCCCAUUUACAAUACUGAAGCGGGCCCGUCAUGCGGCCGUCAUGGGACCCCCAAAAAGUACAGAAACUGCAGCUUCCGGUGCGAAUUCUAUGAAGAGCUCGCCAAAAACGUUCUAUUUCCAUGUUGCUACAAGUCAAACGGCUGCCUAGAAAUUCUAUUGCCCAAGAACGUUGCCAAGCACGAAUUGCAAUGCAAAUUCCAAACGUUCACUUGUCCCUUCGAGUGCCCCGAUGAGUGGAAAGGAUUCGCAGGUGAAAUUUUGGAGCACACGGAAAGCAAACAUCCCGGGGACGUGCUGACCGAUUGUUGCUUCGAAGUAGAUUUCAUAAACAAUUACAACAAGAUCAAAUUAAUGCCCUACCUGGAUGGUGUGUAUUUGAUUAACUACCGUUGUUCCGGGAACGAAAAGAUAUUAUUGUGCACUGUUACGAAACUCGGGUACGAGCCAGUCGAUGAUAAUAUGAAUUAUAAAAUUAUAUUCGAAGAUAGCGGGAAGCAAUUCAACCACACGGUUUACAGCGAUUUGAACGAUACUGUUUGUAUUAAUAUAACGGCGGUGAAUGCCACAUUGAAGAAUCCUACUGCGGUUUUGGCGAGUAUCGAGGUAUUCCAAAUGGAACCAAUCAAAGAUUCUGAUAUAAAAAACGCGAAUUCUGGGUUAUUAAGGCACUUCGAAUGCAUUAUAUGCAUGGAUUACAUGUUGGCAUCAAUUUACCUAUGCGCAACAGGUCACAGCAUAUGCGAUCGUUGCAAGGACAAUGUCAAAGAAUGCCCUACGUGCAAGUCGGAGAUUCUAACUAAAAGAAAUUACAACCUGGAAGGUGUGGUUUCGGAUUUCGAGUUUCCCUGCAAAUACGAGAAAUGCUCGUUCGUUGGUAAAGGAGCAGUGAUGAAAGAGCAUCAGGAGAAAUGUAAUUUCAUCGAAACGGAUUGCCCUUUCAAAGAAUUGUACGGGUGUGAGAUGAAACUCUUGAACAUGGACCUUUCGGGUCAUAUUUACAAGGAACAUAACGAACAUUGGUAUGAUGGCGGCAGCAUUAUCUCGUGCCCAUUUUCGUUCGCUGAGGGAUUUACAAUAUAUGAAGAUGUGUUCUAUUUGAAAUACUUUUCUAAACUUUUUAAACUGAAUUUUUCGUUUCAAAAUAGUUCCUUCAGAUUUUCCAUUAAAUUGAUAGAUGGUUAUUUAGAAGAAAGUUCCAAGUAUUGUUUUGUCGUGGAUGUUCUUGGCACUACAAACUGUAAUAAUCGGUUGUGGUAUUCUAAAAAUAUGAUAGACGGAAAGCAAGAUACGAAAAUCGAUUUAGCUUUCAUUGAUGAUUUGAUCGGCGAGGAAGUCAAUUUCCGGAUGUUUGUUCAAGAGAAAUGACUUAUUUGUAUCCAUUCCUAACUUAUUAAAAUGUCGCAUUUUGUUGCAUUAGUUGAAUAUGCAUGAAAUAAUUGGUAU